AUGGAGGCCUCGGCGGCGGCGGAGGAGACGAACGAGGAGGGUGGGGGGGGUGAGCGGGGGGAGGAGCAGACGAGUUGCGAUCUCCGGGCGGAUAGAGAGGCACCACUUCCGCUUCCGGUGUUGGCGGGGAUGCGGCGGUGCCCGGUGCCGGUGUUGGUUUUGGUGUUGGCGCUGGGAGCGGCAGCGCGGGGCGGCGGGUCCGGGCCGGUAACGUGCGGUUCGGUGGUGAAACUGCUUAACGUGCGGCACAACGUUCGGCUGCACUCACACGAUGUGCGCUACGGCUCCGGCAGCGGGCAGCAGUCGGUGACCGGAGUGACGGCGGCGGAUGAUGGGAACAGCUAUUGGAGGAUACGGGGCCGCACGGCCGCUGUGUGUGAGCGGGGCCAGCCGGUGCGCUGCGGGCAGGACAUCCGGCUCACACACCUCAGCACCGGGCGCAACCUGCACAGCCACCGCUUCGUGUCACCGCUAUCCGGUAACCAGGAGGUGAGCGCCUUUGGAGAGAAUGGUGAAGGUGACUACCUGGAUGACUGGACAGUGCUGUGCAGUGGGACAUACUGGGCACGGGACAGCGAGGUGCGCUUCCAACACGCCUCCACCGACGUCUUCCUCUCGGUGACAGGAGAGCAGUACGGGCGGCCUAUCAAUGGGCAAAGGGAGGUGCACGGCAUGGCCACCUCCAGCCAGAAUAACUACUGGAAGGUGAUGGAAGGAAUCUUCAUGCAGCCCGGAGAGGUCUUCAAAGCGGAGCAGCACCACGUUGAGUUGUGACAGAUGGACUGAUGCGUUCGGGGCUGCUCAGUGUGGGGAUGGCCCCCGUCUACACGCGGUUGUGAUGUGCACUGGGAAAUGGAGCCCAACAUCCUGAAUUCAACACAAA